AUGACAAGAGGUAGCCGCUCUUCGAGAGGCGGGCGCCGAGGUGGGAUGGACAGAAUCGAACAGGUCUCGAGGGCGUUGUCGAGAACGCUGCGGCAUAGUGCGCAUGAAGAAAAAUUAAAUAUAAGGGAGGAUGGAUAUGUCAAUGUUGAAGAACUUCUAAAUUCGAGGAAAUACAAAGAUCUCCAGCUCGACUUCCCGACACUGUGUCAAGUGGUCCAAGAGAACUCGAAGAAACGGUUUAAGAUCAUACGUGAGGUUUCCGACUCAGCAUCGACACCUCCGCUUCUUAGUAGCGUCAGUGCGGCCACUUCGACAGAGCCGUCGGUUUCAACGGAUCCAAAAGUUAAGGUAUCCGGUGUCGAAGACUUUCUACCAGACUUUGAUAAUGAUCCUAAUCCCGACCCGAGUCACUACUUCAUCCGUGCAAACCAGGGUCACUCGAUUUCUAUUCAGGAUGACUUGUUAUUGCAGCCGAUUGAUGAACAGAACGUCCCAGAUAUAUGUGUACAUGGAACAUACUACUCGGCUCUAACACUGAUUCUCCAAAGCGGAGGGCUCAAGAAGAUGACCCGCACGCAUAUUCAUUGCGCUGCGGGUUUACCAAAAGCAUCCGUUCACCCGGAAACUGGGGAGGAGAUUCCGGCAGUUCUUAGUGGCAUGAGAUUUGAUGCCGAAGUAUUAUUUUACAUUGAUAUUCUUAAGGGCGUGCAAGAUGGGCUGAAGUUUUGGAGGAGCGACAAUGGUGUCAUAUUAACAACAGGGAGGGAAGAGGAGGAUUGUCUACCGAUGGAUUAUGUUCUACGGGUUGAAGACGUAGGUGGUAGGGCGGGAGGAGGUGAACUGUGGACGAGGGAUGAGGGUGUCAUAAAGGAAUGGCCAAAGACCGGGAAGGGAAAGUCGGCCCCCAGAUCCUCUAGAAAUGGUCAGAGCAACGGAGGUGGGAGAGGGGGCAGGGGUCGGUCUAGGCCAAAAGUACGGGUCGAAGAUGUUUUGGAUGAUGUGUCCGAAACUCUAGAUAAUACUAAAAUAUGA